GUAUAAAGGGCUGGGUGCCGGGCACCGUGGUACAGGACUCCCCAAGCCAGGACUGAGCCUGAGCUUCUGCCAACCAGGACCCUUGACACUCGCAGCCAGACGCCAUGCUGCUGUGGCUGCCCCUCGCCCUCCUGUGGAGCCCCACCUGCUGGGCAGCACAGACUUACGGGAGAGGAGGAGGCACGUAUUUCAGUACCUCUCCAGACCCUGAAAAUGAAAUAACGGGGAUUCGGGUGUCUUUCAGCAUCUUUGGCCAACUGAUGAGUAUUCAGGUGAGAUAUGGAUCCUCCUGGAGUGAAACGUGUGGCUACCGAGGUGUGAAUGACCAGGAAUUCAUCCUGAGGCCGGGGGAGCACAUUAUAGGGGUGUACGGCUCCUACAAGCUAUUCAUCAGGCAACUGUUCGUGUACACCGACCAGGGGCGUGGGGCCACUUUUGGGAUGGAGGACGGCCUCACCUUCAUUGCCUACCCUGACUACAGCGGCCAGGUGCUCACAGGUGUCUUUGGACACUAUGCUCUUCUAGGCAUCUCGGACAUCGGCUUUGAGUGGGGUGAGCCUCUAAUAGAGGCCACAACCAUCACACAGGGUACUACCGGGUGACUCAAAGCAAUGACUAACAAAGGUCCCAGGGCUUGGGCCACCAGCUGAGGCCAUCUAGCUGGUGGUGGCCUGAGGCACCAUGGAACCGAAUCCCCAGCGAAUAAAGCUUCUGCAGGAA